CCGAAUCAUGAUUUGACACGUAAGAAACAUACAACGGUACCGACUGCAGGGGAUUAUCCUUCUUCUUGAACCCUUUGUUGUGUGCCCCCAAACCCCUCCGAAACUCCUAAGCUCUCGUUUUCGGCUUCUCAGACAAUAUGGUGAGCAAAAGACAGAGAGAUGCUCGCAAGAGAUUCAGGGCAGAAAACCCUGAACUGGUUAAACAGCCGACGCCGCCUAAGGACCCAAGCAAGAAGAAGGGAAAGAAGAGCACGUUCAGGCGCAAGAAAGCACCCAAUGGUCCAGACAAACCCACCAAAACUUCUCAUAGCAAACACCCACUUAGAGUCCCUGGUAUGAGGCCUGGGGAGAGCUGUUUCAUUUGUAAAGCCACCAACCAUAUCGCCAAGCUUUGCCCUGAGCGAGCUGGUUGGGACAAGCACAAGAUAUGUUUGUAUUGUCGACAACGUGGGCAUAGCAUCAAGGAUUGCCUUAACAAGAAUGAUGACACCGUGGCUGUGAAGUUAUGUUAUAAUUGUGGGGAAACUGGGCAUUCACUAUCUACCUGCCCCCUACCUCUUCAAGAAGGAGGAACUAAAUUUGCCAAGUGCUUCAUCUGUAACGAGACCGGUCACUUAAGCAAGGACUGCUCUAAAAAUACUCAUGGGAUUUAUCCAAAGGGUGGUAGUUGUAAGAUUUGUGGAGGCGUAACACAUUUGGCUAGAGAUUGUCCCAACAAAGGCAACAGAGAUUCAAUGGCUGUUGGCGGAGCUUUUCACUCAUGUAAUAAAAUGAAUGUUGGGUUGGGGCAGGCGGCGUCUGGCAUGGCUGUGAGUGAUGAAUGCAAACUCAAGUUCUUGGAGCUAAAAGCGAAGAGAAACCAUCGAUACAUUAUAUUCAAGAUUGAGAUUCAACAAGUGGUGGUAGAGAAGGUUGGUACCAAAGAAGAAACAUAUGACGACUUCGCGGCAUCCCUGCCUGCCGAUGAGUGUCGCUAUGCUGUCUUUGAUUUUGAUUUCACCACUGUCGAGAACUGCCAGAAAAGCAAGAUUUUCUUCAUUGCAUGGUCCCCUGAUACAUCAAAGGUGAGAAUGAAGAUGGUGUACGCAAGCUCCAAAGAUAGAUUCAAGAGGGAAUUGGAUGGCACUCAAGUUGAAUUGCAGGCAACUGAUCCUAGCGAAAUCAGCCUUGACAUUAUAAAAAGCCGAGCUCUUUAAGCAACCAAACUCAUCCACCUCCCCUAAACAUUUUACAUUUAACAUUUUUCUGUUCAAAAUUCCUUCUUCUUCUUUUCUUCUUUUCUUCUUUUCUUCUGUGUUGUAUGGGGUUGCAUACCAACCAUGUAGUUUAAUGUAAUAUUAUGAAUUCUUUUAUCAAUUUCAAACUUUUUACAACAUUUU